AUGGGCGCAAGCAUGUCAUGGCUCUCCGGCCUUCUGUGGUCCAAGAAGGAGAUUCGGAUAUUGAUCUUGGGACUGGAUAACGCUGGCAAGACGACACUUCUGUACAGAUUGAAGAUCGGCGAGGUUGUUACCACGAUCCCGACGAUAGGAUUCAACGUCGAGUCCGUCACAUACAAAAACCUCAAUUUCAACGUCUGGGAUCUAGGCGGUCAGACCAGCAUCCGCCCGUACUGGCGGUGUUACUACGCCAACACGGCGGCCGUCAUCUUCGUCGUUGACUCGACCGAUAUCGAGCGUCUACAGACCGCCGCCGAGGAGCUGGGCGCCAUGCUCAACGAGGAGGAGCUCAAGGACGCCUCGCUCCUCGUCUUCGCCAACAAGCAAGACCAGCCCGGCGCCAAGGGCGCGGGCGAGAUCUCGGAGGCGCUGCGCCUGGGCGAGCUGCGCGACCGGAACUGGAGCAUCAUGGCCUGUUCCGCCGUCGACGGCAGCGGUGUUACGGAGGGCAUGGACUGGCUUGUCGCCCGAGACGGCACUCCUCUUCAGCCCGUUACCGACAAGAUGGGUUCCGACGAGAAGCCUCCUUCCACCUACCGGUACAACGAGAAGCCGACUUACACCACCUCCAAUGGCGCCCCCGUCGAGAACCCCCAGGCGUGGCAGCGCAUCGGUCCCCAGGGCCCUCUGCUGCUCCAGGACUUCCACCUGAUCGACCUGCUGGCUCACUUUGACCGCGAGCGCAUUCCCGAGCGUGUCGUCCAUGCCAAGGGCGCCGGUGCUUACGGCGAGUUCGAGGUCACCCACGACAUCAGCGACAUUUCCUCCAUCGACAUGCUCAACCAGGUCGGCAAGAAGACCAAGGCGCUUGUCCGUUUCUCGACCGUCGGCGGCGAGAAGGGCUCUGCCGACUCUGCGCGCGACCCCAGAGGUUUCUCCGUCAAGUUCUACACCGACGAGGGCAACUGGGACUGGGUCUACAACAACACGCCCAUUUUCUUCCUUCGCGACCCGGUCAAGUUCCCGGUGUUUAUCCACACCCAGAAGCGCCACCCGCAAACCAACCUCAAGGAUGCCACAAUGGAAUGCAUCCACCAACUGAUGCAUUUGUUCUCUGACCGCGGUACCCCCUACUCCUACCGCCACAUGAACGGCUACUCGGGUCACACCCACAAGUGGACCAAGCCCGACGGCUCCUUCGUCUACGUCCAGAUUCACCUGAAGACGGACCAGGGCAACAAGACCUUCACCAACGCGGAGGCCGCCAAGAUGGCGUCCGAGAACCCCGACUGGCACACGCAGGACCUCUUUGAGGCCAUCGAGCGGGGCGAGCACCCCAGCUGGACCGUCUACGUCCAGACCCUGACCCCCGAGCAGGCCGAGAAGUUCAAGUGGAACAUCUUUGACCUGACCAAGGUCUGGCCUCAGAGCGAGGUGCCUCUGCGGCCCUUUGGCAAGCUCACCCUCAACAAGAACCCCGAGAACUACUUUGCCGAGAUCGAGCAGGCCGCCUUCGCCCCGUCCCACCUGGUCCCCGGCGUCGAGCCCACCGCCGACCCCGUCCUGCAGUCCCGCCUCUUCUCCUACCCCGACACUCACCGCCACCGUCUCGGCGUCAACUACCAGCAGAUCCCGGUCAACGCGCCCCUCAACGCCUUCAACCCCUUCCAGAGAGACGGCGCCAUGGCCGUCAACGGCAACUAUGGCGCGAACCCCAACUACGCCUCGACGUUCCGCCCCCUAAACUACAAGCCCGUCAAGGCCGUCAACACCCCGCACGAGAAGUGGGCCGGCGAGGUCGUCACCGACCUCUUCGGAGACGUCAAGCCCGAAGACUACGAGCAGGCCCUCGGUCUCUGGAAGGUCCUCGGCCGCCAGGAGGGCCAGCAGAAGAACUUUGUCUCCAACGUCUCGGGCGCCCUGGCCGGCGCCCACCCCGACGUCCGCGCGCGCACCUACGAGAUGUUCUCGAGGGUCACGCCCGAGCUCGGCGCCGCCAUCAAGAAGGAGACGGAGAAGAUUGCCGCGGCCUCUACCUCCUGGCCACCAGCAAAGAAGUACUCCGUCAUUCUUCUUGGCCUCGACAAUGCCGGCAAGACGACCUUCCACGAACAGGUCAAGUCCCUGUUCCUCCCCGGGAACCCAGACCCGAAGCUCAAGACGGUGCCGACGGUGGGGCAGAACGUCUCGACCAUCACCCUGCCGGACAUGUACCUCAAGAUCUGGGACGUGGGCGGCCAGCACUCGCUGCGCCGGCUGUGGCAGAGCUACUACGCCUCGGCGCACGCCAUCGUCUUCAUCAUCGACUCGACCGACAUUGGCAACGGGAAUCUCGAGAACGACAGCUCGGGGCGCCUCGACGAGUGCCGCCUCGUGCUCGAAGACGUGCUGCAGCACUCCGAGACCGAGGGCGUGCCUGUGCUGGUGCUGGCCAACAAACAGGACCGCGAGGACUGCGUUGAGGUUGUGAGGAUCAAGGAGGGCCUCGUGAAGAAGGUGUUUGAGGGCGAGAAGGCGAGCAGCAUCCGCGACUCGAGGGUGUUGCCCGUCAGCGCGCUGACGGGGACGGGCGUCAAGGAGGCGGUGGAGUGGGUGCGAUCCAGAGUCAAGUGGAACAAGGAGUCGCGGCCGCCGGUGAUGCGGUAG